AUGGCGAUACCCCCCUCCUCAACAUCCGCAUCCGCAUCGGCGUCCACCCCAAAGCGAAGCAUCCUCCGCCAGUCCAAACUCGACAUGGAUCCGUCACCCCUAACGAAACCUCGCGCCGACUCCGCGCCCGUCAUCCACUCCCAGCGCCCCUCCAUCCCAACGCACCCCUAUGGCGCCCGCGACCGCUUCUCCUCGCUCCCCGUCACAGUCCCCGAGAUCGACAUGGAGCGCGACCGGCUCCUGCGCGCGUGCGGGCACCCGCCACACAUGCCAAGCCCCAGCCCGCGCUCCCCAGCGCAAGUCGACGCGGUGUUCCAGGCGAACAUCGAGCGGCUACCUUUAGCGCCGACGUGGCCGCACGGAGAGGUGCUGCAGCGGCUGCAUACGAUUCUGCAUUAUCAGGGCCGGCAUUUGAAGCAGCAUUUGGACUUUGAUGAUGUGGAGAAGCUCGCGGAGGAGUGUGCGGAUGAGCGGGAGAGGAGCGUGGAGAGUUUUGAGGAGCAGAGGGCGAUGAGGGAGGGGGAGUGGAAUCCGUUGUGGUCGAGCAACUCUCCCUUUGACGCACCGAUCUACGAGUCGGCGUUCUGGGCUUCUACUACGGUCGUCAUGAACGGCGCUCGUCACGACGUUCCAACAGUCAUGUACGCCUGCAUCGAGGAGCUCUACCGGACUGGAAUCUACCAACCCAACCUAUUCCGCGAAACCCCCCACCUCCAGCGCCACGCCGACCUCUUCAAGAUCUUCGACACCGCCCCCGCCUUCGGCCACGGCGUCUCCCUCCGGCGCGAAACGACCGCCGUCAUCGCCGCCGUCCUCUCCACGUUCCUGCGCAACCUCCGCCAGCCGAUCCUGUGCGACCCCCUGCGCGAGGCGCUCUGGAACUUCUGCGUGCAGCCGACCGUCGAGCGCGAGCGCCUGCGGAUGGCGGCGGAGCAGGACGAGGUGGAGGACGCGCGGCGCGACGCGGCGCUUUCUGAGCGACGGCAGAGUGCGGCGUAUAUACGCGAGACGGCUGCAAGGAAGAGGGUGCUGGACGAGGAGAAUAAGAUGCUGGAUCUGGAGCAGGUGCCGACGGCGCAGUGUUUGAUGCGGCUGAUGCCGACGUCGAGGCUGAGCGCGCUGUAUUACCUCUGCGCGUUCUUCUCCCAGACGCCGCUCUGUCCGGACAACGGGCUUGAUCUGGAAGAUAUAGGAGCGCUGUUCGCCGAUAGGAUUAUUGGGGGGCCUAUACCCAAUGCGCGCGCUAUGCUCGUGUGGCUUCUGCGCUACUGGACGGAGAUCUCGGAUGGGCUGCUCAAUGAGGAUCUGGGGCCAGAGCCCGUCGACCCGUUCUUGAUACCGGAGCCUACACCACGAUCCGUGUACGCAGACGAGACCAUGCCGCAGGACUGCGUAGUGCCUACGACGCCCACGAGACAGCGCGACUCUGCGUAUUCGAUGAAUUCUCCAUCUUCCCGCCGUCGUUCCUCGUACGACUCGCGCAAGCGCUCCUCGGCUUUUGGCGCUAGCGAUGUCACCCUUGCCCAGUCAGUCCGCGAAGGCAAGAAACCCGACUUGAACUCCAACUACGCCGACGACGCCUACACAUCCUCAGUACCCACAAUCCAGCCCGUCCCCGCGCACGCCCGCCGACUCUCGCGCUCGGACAGUCUCAGCCUCAGUCCAACCUCCCUCCGCCCCUCGCCCUCCUCCACCAGCCCUCGUCGAUACACACAUACAUCCUCCCGCGUCGAGUCCCUUCCGCCGAUCGUGUCUGUUGACAUCGUUGGCGGAGAGUCGGAUUUGCUUGCGGAUAUUAAGGCUGAGCUGAUGGCGACGCGGAUGGAAAGGGAUCGGUUGAGGGAUGAGAGGGAUCAUGCGUUGGCUGUUGUUGAUGAUGCGUUGGCUGCUAUUGACGCGUCUAGGUUGUUGUAG